AUGAAAUUACGAAUGGAAUACCUGGUACUGGUGCUGUCGUUUGUCUGUACGGAAGCGGGAAGGAAGAAAUACAACUGCCGUCACAUGCCGCUUCCCAGGUAUGGAGACGACAUUGCCGAACUGGAAAUUCCCCCUCAGUGUUUUGGUGGCGUUAUCAUAUGGCGUUACCCCGCGGGUUAUCUGCACUUGAUGUCUGAGAAACUGGCUGGGUAUUCUCUCUGCAUCCAGGAGAACUGGAAGACUUGGAUGGGAAAUCUACGGGUUGUCAGCAUCCACGGACUGCAGCAGAUCCCCGUACCACUGCCAGGUGCUUAG